CAGAUGUGUGUGUGUGUGUGUCUGCAGUGGAGAACCAGUCACACUGUGACUUUGUGAAGCUCAGGAACAUGCUGAUCCGCACCCACAUGCACGACUUGAAGGAUGUGACGUGUGACGUCCACUACGAGAACUACCGGGCGCAGUGCAUUCAGCAGAUGACCAGUAAACUGACCCAGGACAGCAGGAUGGACAGCCCCAUUCCCAUCCUGCCUCUGCCCACCCCGGACGUGGAGACAGAGAAGCUGAUCAAACUGAAGGACGAGGAGCUCAAGCGGAUGCAGGAGAUGCUGGAGAGGAUGCAGCAGCAGAUGCACGAGCAGGAGCAGUGAGCCGCCUCGCCCGUCACGGCACGAGAAAGACAGACUCCACAGACCAGCGAACCUGGACAGAGCCCCUCGGCGCUGGCCGACCAUCUCCUGUAAAUAUUGCGUGUUUAGUCCAUGGUUUUCCCAGGAGCAUGUUCUGUGUGUGGUGUCCAGAAGCCUUCACCGGCACAAAACAAGAUGGACAAGACCUCCAGCCGACUUUAAUCUGUACGUGCCGUCCGUUUUAAAACAACCACGUCGACGAGGAGAAUAAUCCUGUAUGUUCUGAUAUUUAAACGAGUCUCUAUUUAUGAAUAUGCUCAAAUGUUUCUUAAUGCGCAUUCAGGGUCUGGACUGCUCUGAAGAGUUUUUGUGUCCCUGCUGUCCCGUGGUCCGCCGUCUUUGAGAGCUGUGUUGUCAGUUGUGGAUCUGUGCCCAGGUCAGCUCUUCUCGUCACCGUGCGAGAGGGAGAAAAGGGGGUCUCGGACCCCCGGGGAUCACCUCGAGGUGUUGUGUACAGAAGGGGCCGGACUGACAGGUGCCCCCCGGAGGAGUCCGAUCGCCAGAGGGAGCCGUGCUCUGUUCUGAAUACUGUGAAGCCCAGACAAGCCAGAACAAGUUUAAACCUUUUAACGCAAGACUGGGAAAACAUCCCGUUUCGAGAGCUGGAAUCUAAUCGCAUUAACUGCUUCGACACUGGCCGUGUCAUUCUGUGUCUUUAUUUUUUCAUGUUUAAAUGUGUGAGUGCACUUCUCUGGAGCCCAGGAGCCAGAUAGCUACUGGUACCCUACAGUCCUCUUCUGCUGUCAUUACCAGAUCAGCCAAACGCUACACAAUUCACCGUGAUCACAUUGUGAUAUUACAUGAUAUCACCAUAUCAUAUCGUGGUAUUUCAGUGCCAAAACACACAAAACUCCCCAACUCACUCCAGAGCUCACCCAUUCAGUUAAAAUCUUGCAUUGCUUGUACAAAAACUUCGCAUUCUGGCAACUUAAAUUCAUUGACCGUGAAAACAUGCCAGUCUUUUCAGCUCACACAUUCGGUUUCCAGCUCCAUGCAAAAUAAUUUCAUACGCAAGAUGGAGUCCAACUCAACCCAUAAUUUGGCCAAGGAAGCCCAGACAUUUCCUGUUUAUUUCUCUUACAGCGGGCGGCUCUUGUCAGAACAGUUUGGCGGUUUUGGGAUGUAGGGUGUCACUUUUACACACUUGAAGGCAACAGCCCCUCCUUCAUUUAAUUCCAGCUCAUUGCCGACGCGAUUGGAUUAACAGUAUUACAUUUUUAAAACUGGGGUUACAGCUGCAUCUGGGCCUCUUGAGUGGAGGUGCUGUAUCUGCAAGAUACGUUUCGGAGAAUGGAGAGAGAAGUGUUAAAUUAUUCUAGCUAACAUUUAAUUAAAUAGACUAAGUAAUUUAUUUGGAUGGUAAUUAAACAGGGGGUCCCGAGGACAUUGGAGGGGAAGAGUUGGCCUGUUUUCAUGCGGUUCGCCCCUGAUUGGCCCAGCCGCAGCUGAGACGACCAAUCGCCUGCCUUCCUGUGGCUCUGUGUGGGGCAGACUCGCCUGCCUGCCCGUGAUCCCAGUGCUUGUGUGCUCUUAGUGUCUCACGCCUUCCCGCCGUCCGGCUCCCAGCGGUUUCCCUUGCUACAGUAGCCCUGCCUGCAGUGUGAGAACCGUGCACAUGUUUGUACCUUAAUAAAAAAAAACUCCUGUCUCCUGA